GUCUCGCACUGGCCGCCCAUCGCUCCUGCGUAUCCAAGCCACGUCCAAACGUCGUCCUGUCCCUCGUCCAUGUCGCCUUGAGCCCCGCCACCACCGCCUCGCUGCCUUCGUUUCUCUUCUUCCUCUCUCGCCCCCGUUGCCACUCGACCUGCCAGCCCGUAUCCUAAUCGCAGUGUCCUUGUCGUCAGACUUAAUUAGGUCCCGUCUCCCAAGCCAGGACCUCUAUGUCCGCCGACUCGUCGCAUCCUCGACGCCAGCCGCCAAGUCCCCUUGUCUUCUCGCCGGAAACUGCACUUCCACCCAUUCACAGCCAUGUCUCUUCCACCAGCAGCAACGGUGCCACUAACGCUCACGCCUCUUCCUCAAACACGGUCUCAAUGCCCUUUGUGAGGCGUCAUGUCACGCGUCGUCUCAAGGCUGCAAAGGCCGAAUGCGACAAGGAGCUACAGCGCACCACCAACUCCAUCACUGCAUUCUUUGAAGAGCGCCUCAGGGAGGGUGAUCACGAGGCGGAGUUCGAGCGCGAGCAGAGGGAGCACGAGCGCGAGCGCGAGAGGGAGCGGGAGCAUGGACGACUACGGGAGUCCACCCUCUCGGACCCUCAGCCGGAACCCCUCCGGGAAGCGUUCGUCCUGCAGCCGGCGGAGCUCAGGUCCGCGUUGCAGUUUGACGAUGUGAGCUCUGAUGGCGGUUACGAAGCCGACCCAGAAGGCAGUUAUCACAGUCGACAACGUGCGUCUCUCGAUGAAGAUCCCGCGACCCAGCACUCGCUGACCUUCGGGCCACCGUCGCCCGGGCUUCUCACAGCGUCCGUAUCUUCCACGAGCCCUGCGUCUUUGCGGCGGCACUCGACUCUUCCUCGGGACCGGUCCGUAGCGAAUGUCGCGUCCUCGAGUACUGGCGCCUCAAGUCCUGCGCUGAGUAACGCUACCAGUCCGACGCCCCCACCGGAGGUGGUCAGUCCGCGCAAGCAGAGUGCAGCGGCACAAUCCAGGGAUUGGAGCGGACAGACCUUGGCCAGUCGAAGACUAUCCCGGACGAUCCACAUACCCGUCCGCACUCCUCGCUCUGGUGCAAGUUCGCGUUCGACGUCUCGGUCCCGGUCUCCCCUUCCUCGGGGAUACCAGGAACCGGUGACCAACAACCGCCGUUCAUCGAGAAUACUGGUGGAUGACCCGGUGGAUCCGAUCAUGACAACACUGUACGACCUGAUUGGCAUCGCGACGGACGUGCAGGAGAUGUCCAUCAACCAGCUUACUGCCAACCCGAAGGUCUGUGAGCAGCUCGUGCAGCGUGUGCAGAACAUCGGUAAGGCAUGGGACGAGCACCCGGAUUGGCACGGCCGCAACUGGUACGUCCAGGUCCUGCUCGCAAUUGCGAGUCUGUCUCGAGUGGUCGAGUGGUGGGAGGCGGAGAAGCAGUUCUGGAACUUCGACGACAACGAUGACGAGCAGGACGAGGCGCUCACCUUUGUCUUGAGGCCCGCCGACGAGGAGGAAGCUGUCGCCCCGACACCGUCAGUCCGAGCCGAGGCGGAGGGGCCAGGUGCGAUACGCUUCCAGCUGGACGAGGAGAACAAGCUGCGUAUGUCGCGGACUGUUAGCCAGACCCGCCGAACUAGGGACGAAACUCCCAAGGAUCUCUCUGUCACUCCUGCGAAGGAGACUUACCAGGCCAGAUCGACGUCGAAGUUUACUGACAACAACGAGUCUGCAAGGGUUCUGGCUACUGAACGGUUACGUCUCCAAGCCGAGCAUGCCCAGAACCAGAACAUCGUUUUGGAGUUGAGCAUGGAUGGCGACCACUAUAUAUGGGUCAACUAUGCCUGGCGGAACGUUAUCGGGACCGACCAGGAAGAUCUCAUAGGAACGCGAAUAUCUCGCCUGCUUGCUCCUGCUGACUGGCAUGUCUUCCGUGAUGCGACCCGGCGACUCCUUGAGGACGAUUCGCGCACCGUCGAGGUACAAUUCAGACUCAAGGUUGCCGACGCCGAACCUGGUCAAUCCUCCUACAAGAACCUGUACCAGCAGAUGGUGGGGACGGGUAUGCUCAUGAUGGACCGUGAGGAGGGUACGCCGACGCAUACAAUGUGGGUCGUCAAGCCCAUCGGUCAGCCAGAGUGCCUGGAGCUGCCUCCUUCAAUAUUACUCGAGUCAGGCGAGAUCGGCGACGAGCCAGCCUCUGCAGAGGCGGCGCAGGUAGGCUUCGGACAUCGUCAGGUGCACGACCCCGUCACUCCCUUCCCGUUCGCGCGGCCGAUCAACAUUGCGCCUAUCCUCUGCCGCAUCUGCGAGUGUGAGGUCCCGCAAUGGUACUUCGAGAAGCACAACGAGACGUGCGCGGAGACACAUCGGCUCGAAGCUGAGAUCAGCGAGUGCAACGAGUCGAUUGGCGAGCUCCGCAACACUAUCCGCGAACUCAUGUCGGCGAUUGACCGGUCGUCGCCCAUGACCGCUCCAGAGUAUCGUGGCAUGCCCAUUUUCUCUCCAGCUACCUCUCCUGGGUCUUCCUCGCCGCUCCAGCUCCUUCGCGCGCCGCUGAAGAUGAAGAAGUUCAGCGUGAAGAAGCUGCAGCGCCAUAUUCUCGAGCAACUCGAAGAUAUCCUGCAACUGUGCAGUGAGAUAUCUAUCCCUGCGCUCAAGGACGAGGAGUCGGCAGAGCCUAUCGAGAGGCAGCGUUUGUUGUCGCCUGUCUCCGAGCGCAAGAUAUCGCAAGUCCGACGGUGGUGCAAGCCUUCUAUCGAGGACGGAGCGCUCAUGCAGCUCAUCGAGGACACUGAGCGAGUUAUGCGACAGAAGAUCGAUAACGUUUUGCGCAUGCAGAACACGAUCAAGUACUCGGAGAAGAUUCGCCAGGAGUGGGAGGAGAAGGUCGCCCAGACCCUUACGCAGCAAAUGGAGGACCUCGCUGAGGAGGAUGAAGAGGAUGAAGACGGCGCAGGUACUGCGGAAGCUACGGAGGACGAGCAGCAGGGUGAUGACCACUCCAGUAACACCUCCGAGUACGCGUAUGGUGGCCAAACGGCGGAGCCCACUCCCAUUGCGUCUACUUCUCCGAUCCCGUUCUCUGGCGGCCAUUCGGGUCAAACCAUUGACACCACUCUGGCUUCUACGUUCAGCUCGCCUCUUCUUCCUGUCGCGCCUAUUCCGGCCUAUCCUCCGAUCAACCUGCAGACACGGUCGUCCACUCCAUCCUCCGUCUCAUCUCCUCUAGCAUUGGCAGCACCUAUUGUUCCGUUCGCUUCUCACGAUCUCACACCGCCGCCCAUGGAUCUCAACGAGGUCAACCAGACCACGGUUCGGCCACGACCUUCUCUAGGCACCUUCGAGCCUCGCCUACUCAUCACCCCGCCCCUCUCGCCUUUGGUCUCACCCGAAGAUCAGUCGCAGACGCGACGACCGCGUCGACGACGACACUCGACCGCAGCGCAACCAAUUCUCAGCCCGACCGCCUCGAUCUCGGGCACCCCAUUGUCGCCCCGCCUUCCUUCUGUGGCGCCGUUAUCCAGGACGACGCCCACGUCCAUCAAGGACUUCGAGAUCAUCAAGCCUAUCAGCAAGGGUGCCUUCGGCUCCGUCUUCCUCGCGAAGAAGAAAGCCACUGGCGACUACUUCGCCAUCAAGGUGCUCAAGAAAGCGGACAUGAUCGCAAAGAACCAGAUCACCAAUGUCAAGGCGGAGCGCAUGAUUCUCAUGAAGCAGGCCGAGUCGCCUUUCGUUGCCAAGCUCUACUUCACGUUCCAGAGCAAGGAGAAUUUGUAUCUAGUUAUGGAGUAUCUCAACGGCGGUGAUUGCGCCGCGCUCAUCAAGUCUCUCGGGUCGUUGCCUGAGGAGUGGACGCGCAACUACAUUGCUGAGGUUGUUCUUGGUUUGGAAUACUUACAUCAGCGCGGUAUUGUACAUCGUGACCUUAAACCGGAUAAUUUGCUCAUCGAUCAGCACGGUCACCUCAAGCUCACUGACUUCGGGUUGAGCAGAAUUGGUCUUUUGGGCCGCCAAACGCGAGACGCCCAACUCUUCACGGACCGCGGUUUGCGUACGCGGUCAAGACAUAGUCCUGGAUCACGGCCACCCUCGAUCGACUCUGUCUACAUGGGGCAGUCGCCUUUCACAUCCGACCUGUAUGCGGGAGGUUCGUACUUUACGCAGAGGACCAGCUCGAUUCCUCGACUAGGAUCGUCGCCUUAUUUGUCGCUUUCAGAUGACGUUAGCGAAUCUAGCGGCUCUGAGUCUCUCCAGGGCUCUGGGCUCUUCGCUAUGCGGCGGUCGAACAGCAAGCAGCAGCCGCACGUGGAUAGCCCCUUGCAAUCCUUCGCGACGGAACUGACGACGGACCUCCGUUCACAUCCUACUCCUGGCGGUACACCACCCGGCGAACAGAAGGUAGUAGGCACUCCGGACUAUCUCGCCCCCGAGACCAUUCUAGGUCUACGCGGCGAUGACGCAGCUGUGGACUGGUGGGCUCUGGGUGUCAUCACCUACGAGUUUCUCUACGGCAUCCCUCCGUUCCAUGACGAGACACCUGAGAAGGUAUUCGAGAACAUCCUGUCAGGCCGUAUACAGUGGCACACGGAAUACGUGGACGUCUCACCUGAGGCGAGAGACUUCAUGCAGCGGUUGAUGACCCAGGAUCCCGCUCAGCGCCUAGGAGCUAAUGGCGCCGAGGAGGUCAGGGUUCAUCCGUUCUUUGCUGGUAUCGAUUGGGACCAGGUCACCACUACCGAGGCGGCAUUCAUUCCGCAAGUCACGGACCCCGAGUCCACUGACUACUUCGAUCCUCGCGGAGCGGUGCUACAACCGUUCAACGAGCCUGAACAGCCCACACUGAGCACCGCCGUCAACUCCUACAGCCCAGCGCCUGCUGCUGACCUUGACCCUGCUUCUGCUUCAGCGCCGCCAGCCCUUGUCGACACGGCCGCACCGUCGCCGUCCGAUGAUGACUUCGGUUCCUUCAGCUUCAAGAACCUUCCUGUCCUCAAACAAGCCAAUGACGAUAUGAUUCGGAAGAUGAAGACCGACCAGAUGGCACCCUUGUCGCAAACGUUAUCGGAGCCUGCGAACCUUCACACUCGCCGCAAGAGUGUUUCGGCCAAGGUCAAUAUCAAGAAGCCGACCAGUGUCACUAUUGCUACGGAUGCACCCAGUAAGCCUUCGCCUACCAACCCGCCCUCGCCCGCAACCUCGACUUCGUCCAUUGCCUCCUCGAUGUCGCGGGGUCCACCCACACCUGGAAGUGCUAGCGGCCACGUUCGUAAGCCGUCGGAUUACAGCACGGUCGAGCGGUUCAAGUUGAACCAUCUGGAAGGCGACAACGUUCGCCGCAACUCCAUGCCCAGCCGUCUCCGGACCGCCUCGGUGUCCACGACUGGCGAGAGCGUCACGUCCGACUCUUGGGCCCCGACGCCGUCGAGUGCGCCUAACCACUACGAGCUGAACACGCCGCCGUCGUCAGUCGCAUCGGUUGACCUCAAGAGGGCGCCUGAUCCGUCAGACCGGGCAGUGACGUGCCUCCUCGCGGAAGACAACCCCAUUACGGCGAAGAUCAUCGAGACUCUGCUCAUACGUCUCGGGUGCCGCUGUGUUGUGGUGGCGGAUGGGUCAGAGGCCAUCAGUGUUGCCAUGGGUGAUAUAAAGUUUGACUGUAUCUUGAUGGACCUUCAUAUGCCAAUAUUGGAUGGUGAAGGUGCUGCCCGGUACAUCAAAAACAGCGGCAACAAGAACGCGGAGGCACCCAUCAUCGCUGUAAGUGCGUACAGCGCGACAGUGAACGAUGUGGUGGACCCGAACAACAACCUCUUCGCGGCGUACAUCUCGAAGCCGGUGCAGAAGGCGGAUCUGGUGGCCUCUAUGCGCCAGCUAGGGUUCAAAACUUCGACUGUUCAGGGGCAAGGUCGCGGGCAGGCAGCAAAAGUGAUUACCGCGCGAUGACAUAUAUUUACGACCGUUACGAUCUCGUUAUUCGUUCAUUUCCGUUUCCCUCUCUCCUCUCCUGCUGCUUUUCGGAUUCUCGUGUCCAUGCAUGUCUCCGGCAAUAUUCCUCGUUCUGCUACUCUCAUUAUCAUCAUGCAUCCUAUCCGCAUCGCUCUGCAGCAUCGAUCUCUCCGCAUUACUUCAUCUUCUGUGCAUUGUAUUAAGCUAGCUAGAGGUACUUGUGAUAUUAACUAUCGGGCAUAGCCUAGCUUCACGUCUUC